AGAGAGAGGGAGAGAGAGGAAAAGAAUCCGUGGAGGCAGUAAUGGACGUUGGCCUAACUAUAAUAUCUUGAUUCUGGUUUAGAGUAAGAGAUAGAGAUGUACACAUGGUAGAGGUAAACUAGGAUCUUUGGCAAUGGCGUGCAUCGCCAGUAACAAAGAAGAUAAAAUGCUUCUAACUACCACUAGCAGUCUUCUAAGUCUUCUUCCUGCACAGCUGCACUGCAAAUUCGCGUUCAAAUGACAGUCAACAACAAUGAGGAGCUGUAGACAAUAAAAUAAGGGGCUUUCGAUUUUGGGAAUUCGGAGUUUUCGAUUUGGGAGCUCGUGAAAGUCUUCGUCUCGUAGCCCUAUAAAUACGGAAUGAUUUGUAUGAUUCCUCAAUAUCUUUACUGCAGCCCUGUUUGUUCUCUUGAGAAUCUCAGCUUCCUCUCCUUUUAUGUGAAAGGUCACAUGUUGUUUCGUCUUUAAGCGAAUUGCUGUUUUCUGGGUUUGAUUGCUUCUUUUCUCUCUUCCGUAAUUGCGGUCGAUCUCUAAACCACAUUUUUCUUCUUUUUCUGUUCAAUUGCUCAAUUGGGUUCUUCGUUCUUUUUACUCCUUCCAAUUCGCCUUUCUUCUCUUCUGUCAACUGGGUUCUUCGUUAUUUUCUUUGAUUUUGGUGAAGAUCUAUGUCUGCUCUUUUGGGAUUCCAUUUUUUUAUUCUGUGCUGCUACUUUGGAGUAUCGCUGAACCAUUCCACUGCCAACCCUCUUUGAGAUUAACUGUUCUAUACCCAUCAUCCCUUAAUUCUCUUUGUGGGUUUUUCAUUUUUUUUUUUUUUUUUUUUUUUGGUGGAUUGCUUUUGCUGUUGUACUGCAAGUUUCUCCGCAUUUCGAAUCAAGAAAAUGUCACAAGGCUUUGCAGUUGAAAUUUACUUCGACCCUGCACUGGAGAACCAGGUACUGAAGGCUUGGAAUGUCAUGGCACGGCGCCAGAUCAGCACCCAACUAAUUGAGAUGCAAUCUCGGCCACACAUCACCCUACUCUCCAGCCCCCUUCUUGAUCCUCCAAAACUGGAAAACAUCAUAAGGAACUUUGCUUCGAAGCAAGAACCUUUGCCUCUCUCUUUCUCUACCAUUGGAAGCUUCCCAAAUGAAGGCAACGUUCUCUUCCUUGGCCCAACUCCUUCACUGGCACUCCUUCAAUUCCACUCGCAAUUGUGUGAUGCACUGAAGGAGGAAAGCGUGGAAAUCGUUGAGUCAUAUAGCCCGGACUUCUGGGUCCCUUACUGCUCAGUUGCACAAGAAGUUCCCAGGAACCGGACGGCAGAGGCUUUCAGUGUGCUGCGAGAUCUGAAAUUGCCCGUUACUGGGUAUGCAAUGGAUAUCGGAUUGGUAGAGUUUUCCCCCGUUCGUGAGCUUUUCUCAUACACCCUUGGCAGUGUACCUGAAGCAUGAGGUAUCAGGGUUGAAUAUGGAAAGAACGUUAUGGUUUGAAGAAAUGGCUGUAGCUGAUUGUGGGAUGAUGUUUUUCAACUUUGGCUUCCUCGGAUGAUGGAUGAUGGUAAAACAAUAGCAAAGCUGCAGUGUAAAAUUCCAGAAAAGUAAUAGAAUGCUUGUGGAGAUAUAAUCAAUUUGGUUUAUGAUUUUCAUUGAUUAUAACGAUUGAGCUUGUGGAGGCGGGGAAAAACCAUGGAUUUAUUAUUGGAAAUUGCAGGUUCAGAGUGGAGAUGUAGAUUCUUUUAGCUUUCAAGAAAACUUUUUAUUUCAGUAUCAAAUAGAUUAGAUUUUGCUUCAAUCUUGAUACCUUCUGUUUACUCUCUUGGCUUUGUUUUAUUGUCGCAGUUUGUUCAGCUGCUUAGAACAUGAAAAUUUCCAUGUGUCAGUGCACUUAGAUUAACAUUUUUCAAUGGGGACAAUGCUCUUUUAUUAUCUGUA